ACCAGAAAGUUCGAAUUUCCAUUGGCUGACUGACGUCAGUCAUCAACCAACAAGCUAGGGUGAGACGCUAACGGAAUGGAUGCAGCUACCCUCACCUACGACACAUUAAGGUUUUCAGAGUUUGAGGAGUUCCCACAGACUGAGGAACCCGUGUGGAUUCUGGGACGGGAGUCCAGCGCUCUCACAGGUAUGCACAUCCUGCCUUUCUCCUCCAGGGUGCAGCACUGUGUGCCAGAGAGUUCAGCACAGAGAAGAAUAGGGACUGUGAGGUGCUUCUGUGGUGGAAUACAGAACAAGUGGGAAAGCACAUGGCUAAUUUACACAGCAGCAGCUCACACCAACUUCCCUUUUUACAUCCAUCUGACAUUCUGCAAAUCUACUGAGAAGGAUGACAUUCUGUGUGAUAUUUCCUCUCGCCUCUGGUUCACUUACAGAAAGAAUUUUCCACCUAUUGGAGGGACAGGCCCCACCUCUGAUACCGGCUGGGGUUGCAUGCUGCGAUGUGGGCAGAUGAUCCUGGGAGAAGCCCUGGUCUUCAGGCAUCUGGGCCGAGACUGGAGGUGGGUGAAAGGAAAGAGGCAGAGAGAGGAGUAUUACAGCAUACUUAACGCCUUCAUUGACAAAAAGGACAGCUACUACUCUAUACACCAGAUAGCUCAGAUGGGAGUGGGGGAGGGGAAGUCCAUCGGACAGUGGUAUGGACCAAACACAGUUGCACAGGUGCUGAAGAAACUCUCAGUGUUUGACUCCUGGAGCCGCCUCGCUGUUCAUGUAGCCAUGGACAACACAGUGGUCAUUGAGGAGAUCAAGCGGCUGUGCAUGCCGUGGCUGGACUAUGCCGGAGCUGCUGCCUUCCUGGACCCUGACCUGGAGCGGGAGCUCAAUGGCUUCACGGAGGGAGCCUGUGCGCCGGACCAGUCUGCCGUGUGGAAACCACUGGUGCUGCUGAUCCCACUGCGGCUGGGGCUGAGCGAAAUCAAUGAGGCCUACAUCGAAACACUCAAGAAGUGCUUCAUGCUGCCUCAGUCACUAGGAGUGAUUGGGGGGAAACCCAACAGUGCCCACUACUUCAUCGGAUAUGUAGGAGAGGAGCUGAUCUAUCUGGACCCCCACACUACGCAGCCCUCUGUAGAGCCCUGCGAUGAUGGGCUCGUUCCUGAUGACAGCUACCACUGCGAGCACCCGCCCUGCCGCAUGCACAUUCGCGAGCUUGACCCCUCCAUCGCUGUGGGUUUCUUCUGUAGUACGGAGGAGGAUUUUGAUGACUGGUGUUUGCGCAUUCGAAAGAUGUCCGAGAGAAGAGAAGCAUUGCCAAUGUUUGAGCUGGUGGACAGACAGCCUUCUCACUUCAUGAGCUCAGACGUACUGAACCUCACCCCAGAUUUCUCUGACUCUGAUCGCCUGGAGAGGUUCUUCGACUCGGAGGACGAGGAGUUUGAGAUCCUGUCUCUUUGAAGAGGACUGUGGUCCAGACCAGAGGUCUGUCUGGGAAGAGAGGGCUGGGGAAAGGACUAAUAUCUCACAUUGACCUGAUCCCAGCAUUCAAUGCAUAGUGUAAUCCAGACCCACCCCGGAGCAAAGCUUCCUGUCUGAUCAACCACAUGCUGCUACAAACUUUACUUUCACUACAGACUUGUGUAAGGGGUGGGAUUGAUUAUUUUUGUUUUUUGUUAUUUUAAGUUCACAAUUUGCACAUUUUUUUUUGGUUUUAUAAAAAAAAAAAAAGAAAAAAGAGAAAUGUUGCGCUGUGUUUUGUUGGUGAAACCCAGCAGCAUUGUAUCCCAAUAAAACCUCCUGUUGUAAACGCAGAUGUCACGUUGGGGAAAUGAUACUGCAAUGGUAGCGAUAGACGGUGCAUUCCAGGAAAGGCAAUUUGAAAGCACAAGGGUCUUUAGGUUGGGAAUUUUGCCAGAAAUCUGCUGUUUAACCUUUCAUGGAAUUUUGCCUUAAAACAGCCUCUUCACAAUACCUUUUUAAAUCACAUAAAUAUGUAUUUGAAAUCUGACCAGGGUUGCACAUCCUGUAAAUACUGAAUAUCUUGCCCCAUUGGUGUGACUAUUAGGAGAUGAAUAUAUUAGGAGUUACAGGUUCAGACAUCUCUGCUCAGCUGCUCAUACCUUUAUACUCUUUGAACAUCAGAGUCUUAAACAUGGCAAUGGGUAUAGCUGUCAUGUGUGAAUGGCAGUGCUGGAACUGAGCUUUAAGGUUGAUAGCUUCAUAAUACAGGCAGUGUUGCUUGGUGUCUUACUGUAACCAGCUGUCUCCAAUUUCAGACUAUUUUAGCAAUUGUGAUUAAUCAGUUUUAUUCGGUGCCAGUGUGAAAGCAUAUGAAAAAAUGUUAAUUCCAAUUGGAUACUUAAAGCAUGGAACUGCAGGCAUUUGUUCUGGUACUAAGGAAUGGUUUAAAGCGAUUUUCCAAUCAAGAAAGUGUGAUUGCUAAGUUGCUUAAGUAUAGACACACUUUAGGGUAAACUGCUACACACAUCAGACUAAUCAAUACCUAGUUUACAUCCCUUCUACCGUUGGUGUUUUUAAAGGAAAAAACAAUUGCUCAUUUAAGAAAUAAAGUAUUAUAAAAUAAACAAGAGGAACGGCUCAUGCUGUGAUAGCGAUAACCAAACUGCAUUUAAGGAUUGUCUUCCCUUAAAGCGAUUGCAGUUAACAAAAUAAUACGUGUUCUAGCAAACCUAUAUUUUCAUUUUAAAACAGCACUGCAACAGGAUAUAGACAGUUUGCUUGCCUUGCCUUUCAGGAAGCCUGAAGUUACUUAACCUCCUUGGAUUUUUUCCACCCAGCGGUGACAUCUGGGUCAGACCAUGUUGCUGGCUGAAAGCAUGCUAGUUAAUAGGGGAAGCAAUGGAUUGGUUAUCGACAGGAAUUAAGCCAGUGAAGGGGUGGGGAUAUUUCAUGCUCCAGGAACUGCAAGACUAAAAGCUUAGUUGCAAACAGAUUUAUUUAACCUACUGUAGUACCAGAUAUCCUGUUUUAAAAUCAAAAUACAUAUUUUCUAAAAAUGUAUUUCUUUCAAAACUGCACUUCUGAGACCUUUAUAAUUAACUGAUAUUCAUGGCAGAGAAAAUGUAAGAAACUAUUUUGUCAGCUACAAUUACUUUAAAUAACACAGCAUGAGCAAGCCAUCUAGCAGUAACCCACUCUGUAUCAAUUCUCUUGGAAUAUCCAACAACGAGGGAUGUGGCAUUCAUUGCUGUGUUUAUAAAUAUGUUGACAGCCCUGUAGAUGUAAUCAUUCCCUCCUUGCGGUAAAAUGAUGUAUAAAUAUCACACCUGGUCAUUCUGUCUUGGUAAUAAAUGGAUUGCAUUUGGGGUACGAC